GCGCCCUGCGGCGCGGCGCCGAGACUUCAUUUCCCAGGCGGCGCGGCGGCGGGGGAGGCGAUGUCCGCCAUCUUACCGCUCCCUCCUCCCCCGGUGCGGCUGGAUUGAAUGAGCCCGCUGCCCGCCUGCCCGCGAAUUGAGCGCCAUGUCAGGCACCCCGAGCCGCGGCACCCCCGGCGGGACCCCGCUGUCGCCGACUCGCAUCUCCCGCCUGCAGGAGAAGGAGGAGCUGCGGCAGCUCAAUGACCGCCUGGCGAUUUAUAUCGACCGUGUGCGGGCGCUGGAGCUGGAGAAUGACCGGCUGCUGCUGAAGAUCUCCGAGAAAGAGGAGGUCACCACCCGGGAGGUGAGUGGAAUCAAGAGUCUCUACGAGUCUGAACUGGCUGAUGCUCGAAGAGUUCUGGAUGAAACUGCCAAAGAGAGGGCUAGGUUACAGAUUGAAAUAGGAAAACUGAGAGCGGAACUUGAGGAGUUCAAUAAAAGCUACAAGAAGAAAGAUGCAGAUUUGUCUGUGGCUCAGGGUCGCAUUAAGGAUCUUGAAGUGCUGUUCCACAGAAGUGAAGCAGAACUCAAUACUGUCCUGAAUGAGAAACGCAGUCUGGAAGCAGAGGUGGCCGAUUUGCGUGCCCAGCUUGCUAAGGCUGAAGAUGGUCAUGCUGUGGCUAAGAAGCAGUUGGAGAAGGAGACCCUCAUGCGUGUGGACCUGGAGAAUCGGUGCCAGAGCUUGCAAGAGGAUCUGGAUUUCAGGAAAAAUGUGUUUGAGGAGGAAAUAAGGGAAACAAGAAGACGACAUGAACAUCGUUUGGUUGAGGUGGACACUAGUCGCCAACAGGAGUACGAAUCCAAAAUGACUCAGGCUCUGGAGGAUCUGCGAAAUCAACAUGAGGAGCAAGUCAAACUGUACAAAAUGGAGCUUGAGCAGACCUAUCAGGCUAAGCUGGAGAAUGCCAAACUGUCCUCUGACCAAAAUGACAAAGCUGCUGGUGCAGCUCGAGAGGAGUUGAAGGAAGCUCGCAUGAGAAUAGAAGCUCUCAGCUACCAGCUUUCUGGCCUUCAGAAACAGGCUAGUGCAGCAGAAGAUCGCAUUCGUGAAUUGGAGGAAAUGAUGGCUGGUGAGCGGGAAAAGUUUAGGAAGAUGCUAGAUACAAAGGAGAGGGAAAUGACAGACAUGAGGGACCAGAUGCAGCAGCAGCUUACAGAAUACCAAGAACUGCUUGAUGUUAAAUUAGCACUGGACAUGGAGAUCAGUGCUUACCGAAAACUCCUGGAAGGAGAAGAGGAAAGGUUGAAGCUCUCUCCAAGUCCCUCCCGUGUUACAGUCUCUCGGGCUACCUCCAGCAGUAGCAGUAGCAGUACUUCACUUGUUCGCUCUUCCCGAGGCAAGAGAAAACGUAUUGAAGCAGAGGAGCUUUCAGGCAGUGGAACAAGUGGAAUUGGCACUGGAAGUAUUAGCGGCAGCAGUAGUAGCAGUAGCUUCCAAAUGUCCCAGCAAGCUUCAGCUACAGGAAGUAUCAGCAUAGAAGAGAUAGACCUGGAGGGCAAAUACGUUCAACUGAAGAACAACUCGGAGAAGGAUCAGUCUUUGGGUAACUGGAGACUGAAAAGACAAAUUGGAGAUGGAGAAGAAAUUGCUUACAAGUUUACUCCUAAGUAUGUCCUCAGAGCUGGGCAGACCGUAACGAUUUGGGGUGCAGAUGCAGGUGUAUCUCAUAGCCCCCCUUCUGUUCUCGUGUGGAAGAAUCAAGGCAGCUGGGGCACUGGAGGAAAUAUCCGCACAUACCUCGUAAACUCUGAAGGAGAGGAAGUUGCAGUGAGAAGUGUUACUAAAUCAGUAGUCGUGCGAGAGAACGAAGAGGAAGAGGAUGAAGCAGAGUUUGGAGAGGAAGACCUUUUCAACCAACAGGGGGAUCCCAGAACAACCUCUAGAGGAUGCUCAGUGAUGUGAAGAAAGAAAAAAGAAACUAUUACUUGCUAUUUUUUUUUUCAUUUAUUUCCUUUUAUUUUUGCUGUUUUUUUCCCUCCAGAGCCACUGAAAACUAUUUUUAUAUGCAUCAUCUGAUUUCUUUGAAGCUUAUUCCUUGGUACCUUUUUAUAAAAAAAAUUCAAAAAAAAAAACCUUUACUGAACAAAACUGCCAGAAUUUUUAAUAGAUUUCUUUAUUUUUCCCUCUUUGUUGAAACACUAUAUUGGAAUACAGUAUUUUUCCCCAUACAGAGUUUAAAGUCUUAUGUACAAACCUGCAGCAGAAAAGAAAUUUUUAGCUAAAAUGGGAUGAGACUCCUUGAGUAUAUGGUAAAUCUAUAAUUGCAUAAAUAACCAGGAUAACUUAAAAAAAAAAAAAAGUUUUAAGAAGCGUGUUCAUCUGCAUGUCCCCAGGAGAGAUUCACAGUAGUGUUUCCUCCAUACUUUAAGAAACAGUAGUAUCAUGCCUGGUAUCCUCAGCAGUGCCCAGCUUGGGAAAAUUAGACCCCAAGUUCAUGAAGAAUGCUACUCCACCAAUGGAAGUAACAAAGGGAAGCUGCAUUUUAGACAUUCUUGGCUCAGGACCAUGGCAUCUUGUCCUACUCCAGGGUUUGACAACCUAGUGGUAAAAACAUCUGAGUCUGUCAACACCUUAGCUCCAUAUCAUUAUUUCAGAAGAUGGAGAAUAAUAGGUUCUGCUUCCUGAAUAUAUACACCAUCUUAAGGUAUGGAAGUGUCAAAACCAGAGGUUUAGCUGUUUUGUUUUCAGGGGAUUUUGACAUUGUUGCAAAUGAGACCUUAUUAAAUGGUGGAUGCAAGUUGUGAUAUACAGUAUUUAUGAUGUUCAGCAUCAUGAUUUAAUGCUUUUGACAUAUCUAGCAUUAAACAGAAUGAUUAAGAUUUUAGAUGUUAAAAAUAUUUUCACUUUUGGCAAUGAUAAAUAUUGGGGAUUUUAAAGGUUAUCCUGUGUAAAUGUUGACUUUUAAAAUCAGAGCUAGAUGCAGCUUGUUCAUACUUCUCUUGUAUUCAAAGGGGUAUUGUCAGAUAUCUUAAGGAGCAGUAUUUGCAAAAUACUACAGAAAUAGUUUAAUGACUUUUUAAAAAAGCUGAAAGGAACUGCUGCUGUUCAGGACAUAAGCAUUACUUUGCAAUGUUCAAAUGCUCGAAGUAAAGUCUAAGAGUGAGUGAAGGGAGAAUCAUGCUUUUUAUCAAAAAUGCUUUGUAUGAGUAGCAGGUGAUUUUUAUUUCAGUAUGAUGCAUUUCGUACCUGACAAUGUCCUUUUAGCUUAAGGUUUCUUCUGCUGCAUUUCUGUGAAGAUAACUCUGACUCCCAUAAGGCUUAGUAUUCAUAUAGUAGUGCAUCUUUAAGCACUAGGAAAAAUACUUGACUGCUCCGAAGAAUGUAUUGGCUACUGUACAAGCAAAUGUUUUUUCCACUGAUUAUUAGUUUGGAUACAAAAUUUGGAUACCGUUUGAUGCCAGCAUAGAAUCCUGUUUUUACCUGCACUCUUGAACUCUGAUCUUGUCAUUCAAAUAGUUUAGACUCAUUAAACAAGCUACAAGGUUUGGAUGUUUUCGGUGGCUUUUGGACAUUAUGUUCUCUGAACAGUAUUGUGACUGACAGAUGUAACCUAGAAAGUCAGUAUAGUGGCUUUGACUGAUGGCUUUGUAAUGCAAGCAGGGUGGGAACAAAUGGGGUUUUUUUAGGCUUCUGGAUUUAUUUUGCCAUUUAAAAAUAAAUCAAAGAUGCUACUUUUCUCUAUUUGAGUGGGAUGUCUGAAUUACUGAAUAGAAAUUUAGAAUUAUGUUUUUAGUCCAUUAUCAGAAGAUCCAUUACAAAAAAGCAGUUUGAAGAUUUGGCUAUUUGGGCUAAUGGGAUAACUUUUUGAUGUACUUGGCCGUUUUUCUAACGUAAUUUUCCCACUCUGCUUGAGUAGAAGGUUAAAUAUGUAGUAAAUCAUGUCUAUCUCUCUGUAAAAUGUAUCUAGUGAAAUUAUGUUUCUCAGACAUAGUUAUCAAUUACCUUUUCUAAAUUUGUUGUUAUGCAAAUGAAUGCAAUCAAUGUGAAAGUGUUUUUGCAAUGCACCUUCCAACCACUGGAUAGCAUUUCCCUUUCUGACCCACAGCUUCUAUAAUAUACUUACGUAAUGUUUAAGGGCUUUUUGCUUUUUUUCUAAGGAUCUGUAUUUAUUUUUUUUUACAUUGGCCAGUUUUCAGAUUGCUUAUUCCUCUUUAAGAUUGUCCUGUAAAUGUUAAGAUUGUUCUGUGAUCUUAAAUACUAAGGCAAUGAGUGUGUAGUUAAUUUGCAUUUUUUCCUGUGGUGUUUUUUUGUUUGUUUUUU